CCACAAAAGCGACAUGUGGGCAGCGGGCUGCGUGAUGUACCAGCUGUGUAGUCUGAGGCUGCCGUUCAGGGGAGAGAAUUUGCCCGCCCUGGCUGCUCAGAUACAGCAAGGAUAUUUUGAGCCGAUACCCAGCCACUGUGGUGAGGGGUUGUCUUUCCUCGUGAACAACCUGCUUGUGUCGGAUCCGAACCACAGACUCUCUGCUGAUGAGGUGCUUCAGUCGAAGUAUCUGAAGGGUUCUCAGCUUAUGACAGAAGAUAGUUGCAGUGCAGAAAAGAGACGUCCAGUCAAAAAUGAAAAGGAAAAUAUGUGGACGAAUAAAGUCAUGCAGGAAUUGAAUAGAGAUUACCUCAAAGAUGAGAAGAGCGGUGUCUUAGACAGUGAUAUGAAGAAAAUUUCUGCCAGAACCAAACUAUAA